AUGCCCGUUAUCACUGGCUUCGACAUUCACGAUGUGCGCUUCCCGACGUCGCUCACGGGUGAUGGCACGGACGCGAUGAACACGGACUGCGACUACUCUUCGGCAUAUGUCACGCUCCUCACCGACUCUGCCCUGGUGGGCCAUGGGAUGACGUUCACCAUAGGUCGCGGGAACGACAUUGUGUGUGCUGCGAUUGGCGCGGUCGCACAGCGCCUGGUGGGCAAGGAGAGCGAGGAGUUGUUCAAGGAUAUGGGGAAGACAUGGGAGUACAUGAUGGCGGACCCACAGCUGCGCUGGAUCGGCCCGGAGAAGGGUGUGAUUCAUAUUGCCUCAGGUGCUGUGAAUAACGCGCUAUGGGACAUGUAUGCGCGGGCGAGGGAUAAGCCAUUGUGGAAGCUUGUGGUGGACUUCACACCAGAAGAGCUGGUUAGCGCGGCUGCGUGGCGGUAUGUGUCCGAUGCCAUUACAAAGGAGGAGGCGCUCGCAAUGCUUAAAGCGAAGGAAGCGGGAAAGAAGGAGAGGGAGGCGAUUGUUAGGGAGCAAGGAUACCCCGCAUAUGUGACGUCCGCCGGCUGGUUAGGAUACACCGACGAGAAAGUUGCGCGACUGGUGAAAGAGGCACUCUCUCAGGGCUUCAACCAUUUCAAGAUGAAGGUCGGGGCCGACCCAGCUGACGACCUUCGCCGUGGAAAACUCAUCCGCUCGCUCAUCGACGACCCCACGCUGCUGCCUCCAAGCCAUGCGCCGCCACCCCCAGAGAGCAUCGCGGGGAAGAAUGCCGGGCCGACCGGCGCGGUGCUCAUGAUCGACGCGAACCAGGUCUGGGAUGUCUCACAGGCAAUCGACUAUGUCACAGGCCUGAAAGAGAUCAAGCCAUGGUUCAUUGAGGAGCCCACAGCCCCGGACGACAUUCUCGGCCACGCAGCCAUCAGGAAGGGGUUAAAGGAGCGCGGGACGGGGAUUGGUGUUGCGACGGGCGAGCACGCCCAUAAUCGGAUGGUGUUCAAGCAACUGCUGCAGGCUGAUGCAAUCGACGUGUGUCAGAUCGAUUCCUGCCGCCUCGCAGGCGUCAGCGAGGUCCUUAGUGUGCUCUUCAUGGCGGCCAAAUAUGGCGUCCCCGUCUGUCCACACGCCGGCGGCGUAGGGCUGUGCGAGUACGUCAUCCACCUCUCGCUGAUCGACUACGUUGCCGUUUCUGGCAGCAUGGACCGCAACGUGCUCGAGUUUGUUGACCAUCUCCACGAGCACUUCGUCACCCCCUGCUCUAUCAACACUCGCGGCCGCUACAACGUACCCGACAGUCCGGGCGAGGGGUACAGCAUUGAGAUCAAGACCACCAGUAUUGCCGAGUACGAGUGGCCUGGGGGGAGCUAUUGGGUUGGGCGGAGAACAGAGGGCAAGGAAUGA